GUACCGGGCAAGCGGGGCCGCAGCUGCGAGCGCUCGCUGGCCCCGGCUGGGCCAGGCCUUGCUGAGCGGCGGCCGAGCUCCGAACGUCGCCGGGCUGCCGGCCGCCGAGCAUGCUCGCCCUGAGAGUGGUGCCAGUGCGAGAAGGCUGCCGGCUGCCCCGCCCCACCGCGGUGGACAGCCCGGAGACGCGGCUAGCCUCAGCCGAGAGCUCGCAUCCACCCACGGCCGUCGCUGGCUCCCACACUGCCCGCUGCCCCCGCUGGCCCAGCCAUCCUCCUUGGUGCCGUGGGUCCGGCACCUGAAGAAGCCCAUCUCCUCUGUACAGCUGCGGGGACGUGUCUCCUUCUCAUCCGGGCUAUUGAAAGAAGAGAAAAUGUCAAUGCUAUCUCCUGAGAUCAAAUUUGAGACUUCUAAUGCCACCAGAAGCAACCUGGACAACUGCUUUCUGUUUGAGAGCAGUUGGAGGAAGGCAGUUUUGGAAACACAGAAGAUGAGGAAAGCAUUUGGUCUAGAAGAGCCCAAGGAAUGUCUCAAAAUGCCGUAUUUACCAGAAUUGUCAAAGAGCUCAAGUUCAUCUUCACUAGAGGCUCACAAGCGCCUGCUGUACACGGACGCUGAGAUCCCUCCCAUCAGGAUAAAGAAGACCAAGGAGUCGUGCAGUGUGGCAGCAUUUCAGGAGAAGUCAAAAGUCUCUGUCUUCAGUGACCCUUUCACAGGAGCACCCUCUGACUUCUUACAGAGGCUUUCCAGAAUGGCCAUACUGGAGUAUGACACUAUUCGCCAGGAAACACAAAAGAAAUUGAGGAGAGGAAAGAAGCGAGAUCUCCGAGACUGCUAACGGGUUCCAAACCAUGUGAUGCUUUCUUCCCUGGGUUUGUGGUGCACAUUUGCCAUGUUUCUCUUUUUUCCUUUCACUUUUUUGAUAUGUGAUGUGAUAUACAUACAAAUGAAAUGUAAAUAGCAAAUAAAUAUUUUAUGUUAUAUA